UAAAUGUGAUUUCCUUCUAUUGUAUUUGAAUCGUGAUCAGGAAAAAGGAAAUGAAACCAGAGACAGAGGGAAGCUGAGCGAAAAUAGACCUUCGCGAGAGAGGAGGGAGCGCGAAGAAAGCAGCGCGGUCCGCUCCCCGCCCCCAGGCCGCCGCCCCCUCUCUGCCCAAGGCGCCCCGACCCUGGCGAAGGUGCGAGGGGAUCGGGGCAGCCGGGCGGAGCCUGCGACUGCGCGCGAUCGGGACCGGGCGGCGGCGGCGGCUGUGGUGACGGCAGCGGGACCGGGAUGGAAGGUUAAGUCCUGGGCAGCGGCAGCUGCCGCAGCCGCCAGAGGGAGGCCGGGCUGCUCCCCGGCCCCCUACCUCGGCCGCUGCGCGCCGGGCAGCCGGCUGAUUCGCUCUCUCUCUUUGGCGUUUGAAGGGAGCGCGGUGACUGUCCUUGAGCGUGGAGGGGCGAGCUCGCCGGCGGAGCGACCGAGCAAGAGGAGGCGCAGGAGCGGCGGCGCCCGAGCACCCGAGGGGGUCCGAGUCCAGGCAGCGGGCCAGGCACGCGCCACAAAGGGAGCGCCCCCGCCACCCGGCACGCCGCCUCCCUCUCCAAUGUCCUCGGCCAUAGAAAGGAAGAGCCUGGACCCAUCUGAGGAACCAGUGGAUGAGGUGCUGCAGAUACCCCCAUCCCUGCUGACAUGUGGUGGCUGCCAGCAGAACAUAGGGGACCGCUACUUCCUGAAAGCCAUCGACCAGUACUGGCAUGAAGAUUGCCUCAGCUGUGACCUCUGCGGGUGCCGGCUGGGAGAGGUGGGGCGGCGCCUCUACUACAAGCUGGGACGGAAGUUGUGCAGGAGAGACUAUCUCAGGCUUUUUGGUCAAGAUGGUCUCUGUGCUUCCUGUGACAAGCGGAUCCGUGCCUAUGAGAUGACGAUGCGAGUGAAGGACAAAGUGUACCACCUCGAGUGUUUCAAGUGUGCUGCCUGUCAGAAGCAUUUCUGUGUAGGUGACAGAUACCUUCUCAUCAACUCCGACAUAGUGUGUGAACAAGACAUCUACGAGUGGACUAAGAUCAAUGGGAUGAUCUAGACCAGAGUCCCCUGCACCCUGGGGAGGUGUUCAGUGAAAACACUGUCUCAGUGGGGGUCUUCAUUCUUAGGCACUUUGGGAACCUGAGGGUGGGUAAGGCAUUUCUUAGGAGAUUGUGGACACUCCUUGGGCACUAAGACAUAGCAUCCACAUGACAUAAUGCAAAGGCCAAGACUUCAGUGACAAAAGGACCAGCCCUUAGAGAGAAUUUAUGGUCACAGACUAUCCAUAGUAACUGACAAGAUUAGUGGAGGAAAUAUUUGGGGACCAGCAUGCACUGUGCCAUCAUGAUAGGAUUUCCAAGAUAGGACGUGUUGGAUAUAGAUUAGGUGUGACUGUGGCAUUUAUGGACUAGAGAUGUGCAAUUAAUUUCUUCCUGGCUUUGGAACAACCCUAUUCUAAUCACUGUUCUUCACACUAGGGAAGGACAGAGAGAGGACAGAAAUCAUUCUUUUUUUCUUGAUCACAUUCCCAUGGCCUAAAUCUUUGGGGUCAGGGGAAACUGCAUGGAAAUACAUUUCAGUUGGGAAUGAAAUACACAUCCUUCAAUCAAACAGUUAUUUAAAGCAAUGUUGGUGAAUCACUGUUUUUAGAUACCUUAAUUUUGAGGUGAGGCACCCCCCACACACAGAUUGUUUCUAUACAAAUUUAAAUCUUAAGAAGAAGUCAAAGUUGUUCAACUAUUUUAUUAUCUUAGAUUAUAUCAAAGUAUUUGUUGUGUGUCAUUAAAACAAACAA